GGUGUGUUGAUAAUUUCAUCUCAUCGGAAAGAUGCCUCACGGAACGCUUGAAGUUCUUCUUGUCAGUGCCAAAGGCCUCGACAACAAUGAUUUUCUCGGUAACAUGGAUCCCUAUGUUAUUUUAACUGUAAGGACCCAAGACAAGAAAAGCACUGUCGUCUCAGGGCAAGGAUCUGAACCAGAAUGGAACGAGACCUUUUCCUUUACAGUCUCCGACGAUGUUGAUGAACUUCGCUUGAAAAUAAUGGACAAAGAUACCUUUAGCUCUGAUGAUUUUAUUGGAGAAGCAACGGUUGCUUUAGAGCCGUUGUUCGCUGAAGGAAGCCUUCCACCAACUCCAUACAAUGUUGUCAAUCAGGACAAGGAAUAUAGCGGAGAGAUUAAAGUUGGACUCACUUUUACUCUUGAGAGAAGCGGCCACGGCGACAGUUCUGGAGACUAUGGUGACGUGGAGAGCUAUGGUGGUGGGAGGAAAGGAUCACAUAAACGUGAGGAAAGGUAUGGUGGUGGCGCUGGUGGCGGCGGUGACUAUGGUGGAAAUGGUGGCGGUUAUGGUGGAGGCGGAGGUGGCUAUGGUGAUAGCGGUGGUGGCUAUGGUGGAGGUGCUGGUGGUGGGAGGAAAGGAUCACAUAAAGGUGAGGAAAGGUAUGGUGGUGGUGGUGGUGACGGCGGCAAUGAUUAUGGUGGAAGAGGCGGCGGCUAUGGUGGAGGCGGAGGUGGCUAUGGUGAAAGUGGUGGUGGCUAUGGUGGAGGUGGUGGCGGCUAUGGUGGAGGUGGCGACGGCUAUGGCGAUCAUGGUGGUGGCCAUGGCGGUGGUAGUGGUGGCUAUGGUGAUGGCGGCGGCUAUGAAGGUGGUGGCGGUGGCCUCGGUGGUGGUGGUGGUAGUAGUUAUGGCAGUGGUGGUGGAUGGAAAGAAUCAUCUAAAUCUGAGGACAGCUCUGGUGGAUGGAAAGAAUCCUCCACAUACAGAGGAUGAGUUUAUUAUCAUAAUUGACAGUACUGUAAUGUAUGAUUGAUUAUCAUUUAGUUGCCUGGUCUUAUUAGACAAUAAAAGAAUAAAGUGCUUUAAUCUUGUUCGAGGUUCCUUUCUACCUGUGGACCAAAAAUUUUACUAUGUUACAAUGUAUGACAUUAUCGAAUAAUUAAAGUGUGAGAUGUGCA